UCAUAGAAUGUGUAAACAAAAAGAUGAUAUAAUGAUGAUAUAUGAUAAGGCCUCAUUCACAUAAGAAUGAGUAAACGAGUAAUUGACUUUCAGGUUUAACAUGAGCUCAGUUUUGUUGCCAUGCAAUGCCAUGCAAAGUUCCAUGUUGUGCUGUGUGUGAAAAUGGGCGGUAAUGGAAAAAGAGAACGUAUUUAAAUCACCUUAAAUAUCUCACUGAAACUAUAUUUCAUCAGUCCAGCAGAAAACAAAAACUGCUAACCAUGUCUAUAGCUCUGUCUUCUCAGAGUGAGAUGUCCCGGAACAAAAUUGAACCUGCAGCAAAUGAAGAGAGUGACACAAAAGUCAUACUCCAGUCAGAUGGUGAUCAAUCCAGAAGCUCUGGGUUCUGUGGAUACCUCCUUACCUUCUUCUCCUUUCUCCUUGUCUUUCUUACUUUUCCUGUCUCAGUCUGGUUUUGUAUGAAGAUUGUCCAGGAAUAUGAAAGAGCAGUUAUUUUCCGAUUGGGACGAAUCCUAGGCGGUGCUAAAGGACCUGGUUUGUUCUGGAUUAUUCCAUGUAUGGACACAUUUAGGAAGGUUGAUUUAAGAACAGUGUCUUUUGACAUCCCUCCACAAGAGGUGCUGACCAAAGACUCAGUGACUAUUAUGGUGGAUGCAGUGGUCUACUAUCGUGUCUUUAACCCCACUGUCUCUAUUACCAAAGUGGAGAAUGCUAAUUAUGCCACACAGAUGCUUGCACAGACUACAUUACGAAACAUGCUGGGAACUAAGAGUCUGGCAGACAUCUUAAAAGACCGUGAGGAGAUGUCUGAACAGAUGGAGUCUGUGCUGUAUGCUGCAUCCAAGAACUGGGGUAUCAAAGUGGAACGCGUCGAGCUUAAAGACGUCAAACUGCCCACCACUUUGCAGAGAGCCAUGGCAGCUGAGGCCGAGGCCACCAGAGACGCCAGAGCCAAGGUGAUCGCAGCAGAGGGAGAAAUGAAAGCUUCUCGUGCUCUGAAGGAGGCAGCAGACGUGAUGUCCGAGUCUCCGUCUGCGCUUCAGCUGCGCUAUAUGCAGACGCUGACUGAGAUUGCCUCGGAAAGGAACUCAACUAUUGUCUUUCCUCUUCCUAUUGACUUCAUCUGUAAUUUCAUGAAAAGGUGAAGACAGUGAUUGUGACAACUUCACCGAUCUGGAUUUCCAUGAGUCUUUCAUGGGGACCUAUCUGUACGUGCGCCUGCUGCUCUACACCCGUG